GUAAGCGUCCCAAGAAACUAUUUUACACCCGUAGUCUCUGUAAACAAAGAUGGCGAACCACUACGAAAUUCCGAAGUGGGCAGGAAAACCGCCUGUGGGUUUGCACUUAGAUGUUGCAAAAGGAGACAAGCUUAUACAGAAAUUAAUGAUUGAUGAGAAGAAGUGUUAUCUCUUUGGUCGAAAUCCUCAACUAAAUGACUUUUGCAUUGAUCAUGCAUCCUGCUCGAGGGUUCACUGUUCCCUCGUGUAUCAUAAACACCUCAACAUGGCCUUCCUAGUUGACCUUGGAAGCACUCAUGGAACAUACAUAGGAAAUAUCCGAUUGGAGGGAAACAAGCCAACGCAGCUUCCAGUAAACUCCACCUUCCAUUUUGGAGCCUCAACCAGAAUGUACACUCUGCGUGAGAGACCACAGACAGCACCAAAGCCAGUAAUGGAAGAACUAGAGAGAAUGACUGAAGACAGUGAUGGCGGUUUACUGGGUCUGCCAGAAACGGAAACGGAAUUGGAUAAUCUCACAGAAUUUAAUACUGCGCAUAAUAGACGUAUAUCAAUGUUGGGCAUUGGGGAGGACGAACCUAAACAGAGAGGUCGUAAACGGCACAAAUUUAAUGUCAGUUUUAAAGAUGAAGAGGAUGUGAUAAACCCCGAAGAUGUUGAUCCAAGUGUUGGAAGGUUUAGAAAUCUGGUCCAGACAACAGUGGUGCCUUCAAAAAAAAGAAGACUGGACAUCGGCGGUCUUGUUUCAAGCAGCAGUGGACGUGAUGAAGGGUUAAGUAGAGGUAUGAUGCAAUUUCAGCGAAAUGAUAAUCUGUACGGAGACCUUCCUCCAGAGCAGCACGGGCACGGGGGAUCGCAUCACUCCAUGUUCUCCUCUCUACUGUCUUCCAAGCUUGGUUUGCCUCUUCCAAACCCAGCUCCAGAGGUCAGUGUUGAUAUGGUUGAACUGGCCCCUCCAGAGCCAGUCGCCCCAGAGGUGCCCGCACAUCUCCAGGUGGCUGUUGAUCCCGACGAGCCCAAGAAGAAGAAGUAUGCCAAGGAAGCCUGGCCGGGAAAGAAACCCACACCUUCUCUUCUUGUUUAGCCACCUUUGGCUGUCCGAGUAUGAUCACACUUUUAUAGUACCUUGUCUGAAAACUGUGGCAUUGGACCUUACAUGUUGGGUCUUGAUUCAAACAUAUCCUUCAUAUGGAUUUGUAUUUUUAUAAAGUUUGAAUGGUUCUUAUGACUGAAAUUGUAGUAUAAAUCUUAUUACUGUAAACUUUGUGUGUGUGAUAUAGAGGUUUAUGACAUAUAGGAGAGUUUUUGAAUAGUGAUAAUAAGAGGUGCAGUAGACUUUCAUUAGUCUUAAUAGUACUGAGCUGAAUCAUUGAUUUGUCUGUUAUGGAUACUGAUAUGGUCGUUUUAAUAUUUCACCACAACAUUUCCCUCCAAUACUGACCAUCCAAAAGGUGGUCAUUAUUGUUUCUAAUUUGUUAAAAUGUCUAAAAGUAGUAGUAUAAACACAUUGUAGUCUUAGUAUGUUUACCGCUAAAGUACCCCAUCCAAGAGUAACCUAAAUUUGAUGUAGCAAAGCUAAAACAAUACAGGACCAUGUACCUUUGCCAGGCAUCAUGUCAUUGAGUUUUUCUCUUACUUAUCCAAAGUUUAGACUAAUUAAAAUAUAUUUCAGUAAAGUUGACUUUUGUUUGCCCUAUGAUUGAAUUUAUUGUAAUUACAUUAUCAAAUUCCUGAUUAUGGCAUAAUAAUUUGUUUAAAGAAUGCAUGGAUAUUUUUUUUUUUUGUAUUUUGUAGCAGCUAGAAAGGAGCAAAACAGAAGUAAAAAAAAAAGGGAGGUUUUGGAAAUUUCUAACAACAGUUUUGCUGUUGAAAUACUGAAGAAGUAGAUUUGAAACCUUUAGAAUGCUAGUCAGUUCAAUAAGAUAUCACUUGACUUUUUCCUAAUCUACAGGGACAUGGUUAAUAAUGAAGAAGUGCUGAAAUAUACUUUACAGUAUGGCAAAUAAUUAAGGAUGAUGGAAUAGGCAUUUUCUAGUUCUACUGUAUAUUUUGUAACUAGUACAAGAUGUACAAAUUGUUCAUGAAUUGUAAGAAUCGUACAAGCUGUUGAACAAGGUAAAGAAGUGUGAUGUACAAAGUUAAGAAUCAUAGAUAUUGUCUCAGUGCUACACCUCUUCACUCAAAAAUGCUGUAAAUAAAAUGGAAAUACUUGAAAAUACCUUUAAACUAUAGGGGAAGAUGACCCUGUGUUAUCAGAGUGGCCAUGUUCAGAACUGAAGUAAGUAAAACCUACUCAGUGAAUGAUAACAGAUAUAAUGGGGGGUGAGAUUUUAGUCAUUGUCAGGGGUCAGUGGUGCAGUAUGUAAGCAAAAGAAUUAUUCUGAUGCAGAAAUGUGUUCAUUUUUCUUUUGUUUUUAUGAUGCUACAUAUAAUUCAUAUUCUGAGUGCUAGUAUACUUCUGAAUUUAGCUAUGACUCCAAAGUGAUGUUAUUUUAUGAACAUUAUUUGUAAUGCAUAAUCCAUUCUUCAUAAGAAUCUGUAGCAUAACUGGUUCUAUUAAUAAAUUUCAUUUUGUGCAUCCUGUUACAACUGUAGGAUAUUUCUGCAUCCUUCUCUUACAAGGUGUGAUGAAAUCCCUCUUAUCCUAGUAGCUAUGUAUGGAAUUAGGAACCACAUAAUGCUGUCUCCUUGGUGAUGAGGGGUGAAGGAAGAAUAUGCAGUUCAACACCUUCAAAUUAUUCUUGUCAAUAAUUAUGUAGUCUGAUGAGGCUAUACUUUACUGAAUAAGUUGCUUAUUGCCGUAUGAUACAUAUCACUAACCAGCAUCUUCCAUUUUACUUACAGCAAAAGAAAUUGAACAUUAUUCUAAGUAUAUUCUCUUUUCACCUCUAAAUAUUUUUAAAACAAACUCUGUCAAGUGGUAUUUUACUGUACCUGAAAUUUGGUGAAAUUUUAGUUAAUUGUUGUAUAUGAUAACCAAUGGGUUAACCAGUAUAUUCAUAUAGGCAGUUUACAGGAGGACUUGGUAUAACUACCAAUUUGAUUAUAACUUUAUAAGCAGAGCAUGUUAUUGUUGUAAAUGCUAAUAUACAAAGAAUCAGGAAGAGAUAUGAUGGUUAAACAUGACAGGAUUUAGGGCAGUUAUGACUGCAGUGAACCAGCUAGUUUGGUACUUAUGAUUUAUGAAGAUUUGGUUGAAGUCUGAUUUGACCUUGUUAUUAUCUCUAGUUGGUGAGGCAUAUCCAUGUUAUAAGCCAAAAAAGUUGCACUUCUGCUGUAAAAAGUUAUGCAGAAAGAUUUGUAACUUUGAGAACUAAGCAAAAGAACAAUAUGAUUAAUUGGCAGACCAAACAAUUUACAAAAUAUGUUAUUACAAAUCAGAACUUUGUUCCCAUGUACAGAUCAGGUUGAUAUGAGCAUGCUGAUGAUCCUGAAAGAGAAAUCAUUGAAUAACUUUGCCGUGAUCUGUGGCUUAGGUUCGCAUCAUGCAAUGCAUUGGGCAAUAAAAGCAGUAUACAUUAUAUUACUGUUAAGUGUUUAUUUUGAUUGUUGCAAAAUAUGUCUUACCAUUAUGUACAUGUUCCUCACCCGAUAGAAAUAUGUCUUUCGUUUUAGAUCUUUUGGACGGAAAUAUUUAGUACAUGUGUAGUGGUACUGUAGAGUAUGAAGGAAAUUCAUCUUCUUAUCAGAAAGUAGGUUUAGUGUGGUAAUUAGAUGUAUACUUUUGGCAUUUAAAUUUAUGUACACAAUAAAUCAGCUUUAGUACAUGUAUUAAUAAGAGGUAACAUUUAUUUUUUUUUAGCUGCUGUGCUUCCAAAUGCAUACCUCUUAGCUUUCCUUAUAGAUUUCCCUUGGUCAGCAACCAGCACACUAUCACUACCAUCCCACAUUAACCAGUUGUUUAUUUAUUGUAUGUAGUUUAUCUGUAUUCACCCAUACUCAUGCUCUUUAUUGUUAAUUCUUCCAUUUAUAUAAAAAUCCAAUGAAAAGUAAAUAAAUAGCCAAUUUAUCUGAGAAAUGAAUA